AUGGAAUAUUUCAUGCAACACGGCACAUACACGAGACUUAGGGAACUUCGUCUGGUCAGUGGCAACGGAUCGUUGGAAGGAACAGUCGAUGCUGGCACACUCCAGGCCUUCCUUGCAGCACAUCAAGGGACUCUACACACGCUUUCUCUGCGGAACAUCGUGCUCACCAAUCAAUAUCCGGAGGAGAUACCCACGGACACGCUUCGCUCGUUCCUGCUGCAGUGCAAGAGCAUGCACGUGUGGCGCAAGUUCGAGAUGAUACUAGCCAAGAAAGCAGAGCAUGAUAAGAACGACUGCCCACACUAUAGGGACGGCGGGGGUCAUUUGUCCUGCGCAAACUACUACGUGCGUCGGGAGAGCUGGAUCAUGGGCACCGACCUCGCAGUUCUUACCAGAGAGCUUGGAGUCGAGGUCGAAGAUGGGCGUUGGGACUUCGGCAAAUUCAUCAUGCGCAAAGAUUAA